AUGAGUGAUGGAGAUCAGCGGAACUCCAUCAUACCUGUAAUUGCUUUGGAAUUAGCACUUAAUGGAAAUGACAGUAUGCCCCGAAUUAUGAAGAAAAGAAAAAAUGCUUCGAGCAUCACUGUCAGCAUGGAGAUUGAGGAAUCACCGGAAGAAGAUAAGAAAACAUCUAGGAGGAAGGGAGCCUCGAAACAAAUUAAUCUCGCCCCGUUCCUCACACCUUCAACAAGCGAAAGCCAAUGGAAGCCUAUUCGAAAGAACCCUCCUUCUAAAAAGAAAGUUACGGUGGUUCGCAAAAAAAUUGCCAUAGAUCCGAAGGAUUCUCAGCGGAAGGGGAAAGUUUCAGUAGUGGUGAACGAGGUUCCCAGUGGUGACGAAGAUAAGCCUGAUAUCCAACAGGAAAGGUUAAGGAAUUCUAUCAAGCGAGCCACAAGAAAAUCCAUAAAACAUUAUUUCAAAAAGGACUCCCCGUCGAAAGUUUUGAAGAAAUCCGUUGACCAGUCACCAGAAAAGACUCCUACUUUGGAAGGAAACAACAACAAUUUUAUGUCGUCUUCCCAGCAGGAACCCCCGCCGGAACACCAACUUGAUAUUGAGAAUGCUAGUGCUAGAAUGCCGGAAGAAGAUCAAGAAAAUAGCAAAGCUGAUGACAUUGUCGAAGUCGACUCCAGUUCCACUCCUGAAGGUGAUCGCAUGAAGGAGUUAGAGGUGGUUUUAGAAGUGCACAAUGCUUCCACCCCCCGGCGAAGAAAGCGCGCGAACACCACAACACCUCGUGCUGUACAAAGAUGUCGAUUUUCAGCUGAUACUGAGAUGAACAUGGAACACCGACUAAAAGGGCAUUAUUCGACACCAAGGCGGAAAUUAUUCCAUCACAGAUCGUUUUCAGUCUCGCCUUUUACAGUCACUGAUGAGGAUUUCGAAUUUCCACCAGUAACAGUCGUUCGUCGGAGAAGACCAAACAGCGGACCAAGCGUCUUCGACCUGGGUCUCAGUGGCAGAGGACUACGGGAAUUCUCCUCGACUUCAGCAGCCGCCUGUGUUCGUAAAAUAAAUCUUACUGAGGCAGCUUUACUCGUACCAAACGAAGACGAAGACAGCGACAGAAGCCUGGAAUUAGACGACUCAAUAAUUGUAGCCUCCAUGUCGACUCCCGUCCUAGUUGUCGAUGAUGGGAUCCGAGCAAAGGAGCAUGUUGGAAGCAGUAACUCUGGUGAAGCUGCUCUGCACCAUAUGGAUGUAGUGACACCCUCAGAGGGAUCGUCUAUUCAACUAGCCAGUAGGUUUCCUGGAAGCACAGGAAACGGCGCUUGUCUUUCAACAUCGGACGAAGAUGACGAUGAUAUUGUAGUAUUAGAAACGGUACAGAGGACGCCGUCUAAAUCGCAACCUCUAACUGAGCUUCUGUAUUCGCCGCGAAAGAUGGAACUAACUAACGGAAAACGUCUUGAUGCUAUCCUUGCAAAGGCUGCUAAGCACUAUAAAGAUGAACCCGAUCUACAUUAUCUUGCAAGCGACACAGACUAUUGUGCCUUCCAAGUCUCCACUCUUUCUCAAGAUUCUCCUCCGGAGCCAUCUCCUACCUCGUGUGCUGACAUGGAUUUGAAUUUUGGCACACCUGGAUUUGUGAGACUUCCUUGGUCGACAGCAAAUAUAAGCAACGGCUUUCACCAAUAUGUGAUCAUAGAGAGAGCGUUGCGCGCUCUUGUACAGGACGGAGCGAAUAGCAUUGAGGCUGUAAUUGUAACGCUGAAGGAGUGUGCUCCAUGGAUAAAGUCUUUUGAUGGACUAAUAGGCUUCAUCGACGGGCUGACCCAAUCAGAGGAACGUGAAGCUCUUGAUAUCCUGGCUGGAAUAGCCAAACUGGCUGUCAAUGCAAAAUUCAUCAUUACGGCGCCGCUACCAUUACUCACUGCGAAUCACUCUGGGUCAGUGACGCUCAGCCAAGAGCAGUGUGCGUGCCUUCUUGCUCAUGCUUUUUAUUGUACUUUUCGACGAGAACGACACAAUUACAACAGGAUAAAUUUUGCAAACAUUUUCCAUGGUGCUAACCCGCUAUCCCAUGUGAAGUUAAGAUUCAUCCUGAACUACUUCUCCAGUGUGCUGAAGAAAAUGCCAACUGGAUGUGUUUCGUUCCGUCGCGAGGUGAUCUCUCAAGAUGAGAUUCCGAAUUGGGAAGAAUGCGAGAUUCCGAUGCCUCUGGUAGCGGUAGCAUCUGAUGGGUCAAUUGAGGACUCCCACGGUUGUCUACAGGUAGACUUCGCCAAUGAGUACAUCGGAGGUGGUGUGCUCAAUUCCGGAGCAGUACAGGAGGAAAUUAGGUUUCUCAUUUGUCCAGAAAUGAUUGUGUCGUGCCUUUUAUGUGAGAAAAUGGGACCUUUUGAGGCGAUUCACAUCGUUGGGGCUCAACGCUACAGUGACUAUUUUGGAUAUGGUGAGACUCUAGAAUGGAAUCAACUUGAAGACUACGGUUCUGAGCCAAGGGACGAGUUCCUACGUGUGAUAUCUGAAGUGGUCGCGAUGGAUGCGAAACUUUACAAGCCCAUCGCUAGACCUGUACAAUACAGAUCGGAAAAUAUUGACAGAGAGCUUAAUAAGGCGUACGCUGGUUUUUUGUCAAGGCAGAAAGAAGCGCGACCUAUCGCAACGGGAAACUGGGGCUGUGGGGUGUUCGGAGGCGACAAAGAGUUGAAAAGUCUGAUACAGAUGAUGGCAGCAGCCAAAGUUGGAAGAGAUAUGAUAUACUACACCUUCACUAAUGAAGCGUUUGAACAUUCCAUGAACGAUCAGUAUGAAAAGCUACUUCAGAAGAAAGCUACAGUUGGUACUCUCUACAAGGCGUUGAUAUCAUACCGGAAGGAGCGCGAAAGGAACCCGCGUCUCUCUGUAUUUGAGCACGUUUAUGCUUACGUUAGUGAAAGCGCUUGUACUACUUCUUAA